AUGCUUAAUGUUAGUAUAGCACAUUCUAGAAGAAUCUGCACUCGUCUUAUACCUUCUGAGAUGCUUUUGUCGCCAGAAAAUGAGGAUAAAACACCAAGUUCUGCUGUUCAAAGCCCUAAGAUCUAUACUAAAUCACCGUUUAGUCUGCUUAAUGACGAGAAGAACAGUUUAGCCUUUGAGGUCAUUCAUCAUAGAUUUCACAGAUUACCUCGUCGAUCACACUGUACCAUAAUAUCCCCCAGAUUGACUAGCGGCAGCAAGCCUGAAACUCUAAAUAUCCCAUCCAGGUCAAUUGGAGUUAUCCUGGAGAAAAGUUCUACUGGGACAAACCAGAAAACUUUUAGUGAAUGGAGUCAUUCGUCUCAUCGCACCAAGUCUAAAAGUUAUUGUGUUCAGUAUUUGACUUUCAGGUUUUUUUCGAUCGAAGAUGGUUUGUACCAUAUGGUUUAUAACUCCAUGAUUACUCUUAAUUAUCUGGCAGAUAAAUGA